CUUUGAUGAUACAUUAUUGAUGUUGAAAUAUCUUCAUUCCUUUCCAUCGUUUUAUCACUAUCAUCAACCCAAUCCUCCUUUUUUCCUUGCCGUUCCCCCUUCACGUCACCCACCUUUCUUCAGAGAGACCAUUGCAUUGCAACUUGCCCGCCGCUGGUCGGUUGUGCAAGCUCUCGCCCCUUUGCUAUUUACGAGUCCGCCUCCUCCCGCUUCUUCUUUACGUCUACGACACCUCCUUUACAUCCCUCGAGCGACGGACUCACCAUCACCUUACACCUAGCGCUGGCCGCUAUCGGAUGCAUUCGGCUCCUCACCCCUCGAAAAAGACGUCCAAAAAACACGGAUAAAUGUCCACAUCCUCGAGGCCCGUCAUCAGCAGCACUACGCGCGGUGUGCCUCUGCAACCCCGGCGUUUGCGCAACAAGAGCGGCGGUACCACACAGAGGUCUGCCACCAGCCCGACGGACAGGUCGAGAGGCUUGCGUCACUCCAAGUCGUGUGCUUCCCUCACAUGCAAAACGAGUGCACAGCAAAAGUUGCAGCCGCCUGUAACGCCAGGCUUCCACUUGCCUACCACAAUGCAUGGUGGACCCCUGACGCCGCAACAGAGGCAGGAGGAGCAGUCCCCUCCUCUACCAUUGACGGCAUCCAUGCUCGGGGAUCUGGCGGACUCGCUACAGACGCCCAAGUCUUACGCUGGUGCUUUUGCCUUUUCAGCACCAUCUGCUAGGCCAGCCGUUCCUGCUCUUAUCCGCCACACGACCCCGCUUACACCCAAAGUGGGGAAAGCAAGGAACAGGGCCGACAUGCAGUCCGAAUCGGCCUGGGCCGUUGCCAACGACGAAAGUGACCAACGCUUGCUGCCGGAGGACAUGUCCGGGCCCGAAGCUUUCCAGUGUUUCGUUGGACAGUGGCAGCAGCACGAGCAGUACGAGGAUCCCAAGGUGCUCACUGCGAACGCUGCAGCAGCCGCAGCAAAGAAAAAGCACAUGACACAAGCCGAGCUGAUGUUCAAGCGCUGCUCCUUCCUAUACGCCAAGGAAGCAGUAGCCAACGUCAACACCUCUAAGACAGCACCUUCCACCCCUGUGCCCGUCACUGCCAAGAAGAAGAACGCGAGCGCCGCCACUGCAUCGGCAGCGGGACAAGCUCGCUACAUCGCAGGCCCCAAGCACCUGCAGGACCUGCAGAGACUCCGACGCGCCGUCCAGGCUCUCGAUCGCGAGUACGCCACCUUCAUGACCAGACGCCAAGAGGAGCAGGACACUGUUGCUACGGAACCCCGAAAGAAGAUGCCACAGUCGAUGGUCAAGCGCAAGCCGGUGCCGAUCGUGUACGAGUUCGAUGGCAAAAAAACGAAGGGAAGUGCGUCCGGCACCGCGCCCGCCGAAGCAGCUCGCCUAGCGCACAUUCAGUCGGCCGACAACAUGGGCGCCGUGUUGGACCGUGCAUUCUGCUCGCUCACCGCUUUCAUGCACCAGCUCGAGGUGAUCGAGCCUCCCACGCCGGUCGACGCCACGCAUGCGCAUGCCAACCGUAAGGCUGAGGCUGGAGCUGAAGCUCAUGUUCUCACCAUCAUCCCAAGCAUCGCGGACCAUACUGGCGCUGCUGAUGAAGAGGAGGACUGCCCUCUCAGCGCUAUCGGCGCCAUCCACGCUACGCCGCUGCCGGGUAACCUAUCCGCCGCUGGCACCAACCUCUACCUCGAGGAAUCCAGCAGUGACAACGAAAACGGGUGCGGCUACACAACUGCCCGCGCUGCUUCCUCAGCGCCGCAUACUCCUACCCAUCGUCGCACGCAGUCCGACUCGCGCAGCGUGCAGGAUAAGCGUCGCGCGCGGCGCACCGUUGUGUGUCACGGCCACUCCCAGUCUCUUGGCAGCAGCUUUGACUUUGCUAACCUGCUCGGCCAGGCCUUAGCUGGCGACGUGGUCGCUGCUGACUCCAUCGGCGCGCACAAUGUCAACGCCCUGCCACACCUCGUGCAAGCCCCUCCUCGGAGCCCGAUGCCUACCACCGCCUCAGCCGCCGCCUUGACGCCUCGUGCGAAUGACUUUGCCUGUGAUAGGACGCCAAUUGCUGCCAGCUACGGCGCGGUGCUCGUCCAGCAACCGUGCCUCUCAUCCGGUCCACCGCGCCUCGACUCGAUUCAGAUCACCCCCAUCGCCGAGAUGUUCUUCGACGGUGAAUCAUGGGGAUCGUCAACGUCCCUCGCGUCGCCUGAAGCGAACAAGGCCUCUCAUGCCCGUGCCGCUGACGUAGGAUCCCCGCAUCGCUACGACAGCGCUCGUUUCGACUGCGGCGCAUCCGACUCGAUGGUCAGCGACGGUGAAGGCUAUUCACUCGGUGCGUUCAAGUGGGAAACCGACUCGGACGACGGGAGUAUCAGCAGCAUCGACAGUGUCAGGACUCUCGACGACGAUGCAAGUACAGACAACUGCACCAGCACGAGCCUCGCUGCUGGAGCCGCCCUCCCACCGCUGCCGUGGUUCCGCAAGCACAGCCACUCGCGCAGCGACGGCGUCUCCGCUGCCGACAAGCAGCAGACUGCGCUCGACCUGCUCAUCGCCCAGUUUGGCUUACCCGAAGAUCGCAAACUCAAAACGCGCCCCCCGCCUGCGCUCAGGUUGGCUUCUUCCUCGUCAUCCUUGGCCGCGUCCACGGCCACGGUUGGCGGUGCUGCUAGUAGACAUCUGCACCAGCAGAGCGCAGACGCCCUUGUCCACCAUCGCGUCCUCCCUGCUGAGCUGCCUGUCACCCCGCUGACUGCCAAGCAGCAGGUGGCUCGACGCUACUACUAGUCGCUGUGUUUCUCGCGCGCUAGUGUAGGCCGUUAACGUCAUUCACACAUACGCACAGAUCUACCACCUUCAUGCAUGUUUUAUCACACACGCUCGUCUUACUAUUUCCUAGCGUAUUGCUACAUAUAACAGCUAC